CGGGGCUGACGGGCGGACGACGGACGGGCGGACGGCGGAGUCGGGAGUCGGCGGCGUCGGGAGCCGCGUCGGGCGACGCCGAGAACGAGCGCGUCAAGGCUCCGCGGCCGCCACUCGGUCGGUGCGCUGAAUGAAGCGCCCGCCCCGCUGAGCCCCGAGCCCGGCGCGUUCCCCCCCGCAAGAUGGACGGUUUCGCCGGCAGCCUCGAUGAUAGCAUUUCUGCUGCAAGUACUUCUGAUGUUCAGGAUCGUCUCUCAGCUCUUGAGUCACGAGUUCAACAACAGGAAGAUGAAAUCACUGUGCUAAAGGCAGCUUUGGCUGAUGUUUUGAGGCGUCUUGCAAUCUCUGAAGAUCAUGUAGCCUCAGUGAAGAAGUCUGUGCCAAAUAAAGGUCAACCAAGCCUUCGAGAAGCUAUUUCCAUGUCCUGUAUAACCAAUGGAAGUGGUAUAAACAGAAAACAGAAUCACACCAGCUCUGUAUCAAUAGCAAGAAAAGAAACUCUUUCAUCUGCUGCUAAAAGUGGUACAGAAAAAAAGAAAGAAAAGCCACAAGGACAGAGAGAAAAAAGAGAGGAGUCUCAUUCUAAUGAUCAGAGCCCACAAAUGCGAGCAUCACCUUCUCCCCAGCCCUCUUCACAGCCUCUCCAAAUAAACAGACAAACUCCAGAGAGCAAGAGCUCCGCUCCCACCAAAAGCAUAAAACGUCCACCAACAGCUGAAAAGUCACAUAACUCAUGGGAAAAUUCAGAUGAUAGUCGUAAUAAAUUAUUGAAAACCGUUUCAACAUCAAAACUAAUAUCAAAGGUUAUAAAAAGUGCAGACAAACAUAAAGAUGUCAUCAUCAAUCAAGCAAAAAUGUCAACCCGUGAAAAAAACAGCCAAGAAGGAGAAUAUAUUAAAAUGUUCAUGCGAGGUCGGCCGAUUACCAUGUUCAUUCCUUCGGAUGUUGACAACUAUGAUGACAUCAGAACAGAACUGCCUCCUGAGAAGCUCAAACUGGAGUGGGCAUAUGGUUAUCGAGGAAAGGACUGUCGAGCAAAUGUGUACCUGCUUCCUACGGGGGAGAUAGUUUAUUUCAUUGCAUCAGUAGUGGUACUAUUUAAUUACGAGGAAAGGACUCAGCGACACUACCUGGGUCAUACAGACUGUGUGAAAUGCCUGGCUGUACAUCCUGACAAGAUUAGGAUCGCGACUGGACAGAUAGCUGGAGUGGACAAGGAUGGCAGGCCUCUGCAACCCCAUGUCAGGGUGUGGGAUUCAGUAAGCCUUUCCACACUGCAUGUCAUUGGACUUGGAACUUUUGAGCGUGGAGUAGGAUGCCUGGAUUUUUCAAAAGCAGAUUCAGGUGCUCAUUUAUGUGUUAUUGAUGACUCCAAUGAACAUAUGCUUACUGUGUGGGACUGGCAGAAAAAAUCAAAAGUAGCAGAGAUAAAGACAACAAAUGAAGUUGUUUUGGCUGUGGAAUUCCACCCAACAGAUGCAAAUACUAUAAUAACAUGUGGUAAAUCUCAUAUUUUUUUCUGGACCUGGAGUGGCAAUUCACUAACAAGAAAACAGGGAAUUUUUGGGAAAUAUGAAAAACCAAAAUUCGUUCAGUGUUUAGCAUUCUUGGGGAAUGGAGAUGUCCUCACUGGAGACUCAGGUGGAAUCCUGCUUAUCUGGAGCAAAACUACCGUAGAGCCCCCACCUGGGAAAGGACCUAAAGGUGUCUAUCAGAUCAGCAGACAAAUCAAAGCUCACGAUGGCAGUGUGUUUACACUUUGUCAGAUGCGAAACGGGAUGCUAUUAACUGGAGGAGGGAAAGACAGAAAAAUAAUUCUGUGGGAUCAUGAUCUGAACCCUGAGAGAGAAAUCGAGGUUCCUGAUCAGUACGGCACAAUUAGGGCUGUUGCUGAAGGAAAGGCAGAACAAUUUUUAGUAGGUACAUCACGAAACUUCAUUUUACGGGGCACAUUUAACGAUGGCUUCCAAAUAGAAGUGCAGGGUCAUACAGAUGAACUCUGGGGCCUCGCAACACAUCCCUUCAAAGACUUGCUCUUGACAUGUGCUCAGGACAGGCAGGUGUGCAUGUGGAACUCCGUGGAGCACAGGCUGGAAUGGACCAGGCUUGUGGAUGAACCAGGACACUGUGCAGAUUUUCAUCCAAGCGGUACAGUGGUGGCCAUCGGAACACACUCAGGCAGGUGGUUUGUUCUGGAUGCAGAAACAAGAGAUCUCGUGUCCAUCCACACUGAUGGGAAUGAGCAGCUCUCCGUGAUGCGCUACUCAGUAGAUGGUACUCUCCUGGCUGUAGGAUCUCAUGACAACUUUAUUUACCUCUACACAGUCUCAGAAAAUGCAAGAAAAUACAGCAGAUACGGAAAAUGCACUGGACAUUCUAGCUACAUCACACACCUUGACUGGUCCCCAGACAAUAAGCAUAUAAUGUCUAACUCGGGCGACUACGAGAUACUGUACUGGGACAUUGAGAAUGGCUGCAAACUGAUCAGGAACCGGUCAGAUUGUAAGGACAUCGACUGGACGACGUACACCUGUGUGCUGGGCUUCCAAGUCUUUGGUGUCUGGCCAGAAGGAUCCGAUGGGACGGACAUCAACGCACUGGUGCGGUCCCACAAUCGCAGGGUGAUAGCUGUGGCCGAUGAUUUCUGUAAAGUUCAUCUGUUUCAGUAUCCCUGCUCCAAGGCCAAGGCUCCCAGUCACAAGUACAGUGCGCACAGCAGCCACGUGACCAACGUCAGUUUUACCCAUAAUGACAGUCACCUAAUUUCAACUGGGGGGAAAGAUAUGAGCAUCAUUCAGUGGAAGCUUGUGGAAAAGUUACCUUUACCUCAGAACGAGGUCAUCCCAGACGGCAGUCUCACCAAAGCGCCUGCCUCCUGCGCGGACAGUGCCAGGCCGUGUCACCUUCCUCCCCAGCCACUGACUGAGAGCGAGGAAGAAAGCAGGAUCAGCAGCUCGCCCACGCUCCUGGAGAACAGCCUGGAGCAGACUGUGGAGCCCGGCGGCGGCGAGGAGCAGAGUGAGGGGGGCAGCGAAGACCUCGGGGCCGUGAUUGAUGAGGAGCCUGCCAGUGAGUUAGGCGAGAAGCAGGGAGCGGCCGACCUGCCUGAGGACCAGCAAGGCACACCACCCCUAUGCUAAAACCCCGGCUCCUGUCCUCCUUCAGCUGCCUGUGGCGAUGGGGUCAGGUCAGCCAGCAGUGAUGGGGACUCACUGGAUGGAGGUUUGUGUGCCAUGUGAUCCAGUGUUCUUCAGUAGUCUGAACUGCCAUCUGGGAGACACAGCAAACUCAACUACCGGGGGAGGUCCACAGGUGAGUGUGUCUAGGAGCUCACCGUGUGUGGAGUGAGUACUGGACACAGAACCACAGUUACACCAUGGAAAUAAGCCCUUCUCGGAAGGCCAUCUCCUCAGCACAGACAGAGGCAUUGCAAACUCCACUGCGUGGCCACCGGCUCAAACUGCCCCUUUUUCUUGAUGCAGAAAAGUGAUCUUCCUGUGAUACCGUCCCACUCCAGUAUCUAACAGGACCUUUUCAGUUCAGGAAAACCGAGUAUUGCCAAGUGUGGUGGUGUUGCCUUUAUCACGUCAUACUGCAUUCUCUUACACUACCAGUCCAUGUCCGGAUGUGCUCCUGAGGCUGCUCGAGGUGAUGCCUUCUCCAAGUUAUCACGGGGGGCAGCCCUCAGUUUCUGUGGACAGAUACUUUAUCCUAGGAGCAAGCAUUGCUUUGUGAAGAGCUUUUCAUGUAUAGUAAACCAUGAUUCUGAGAGGUGGUGGGUUCUCCGAGGAAUCCUUUACUGGUCUAAACAUUCUCUCACGUUUGGCAUUCGAGGGAACGGGAAAGAAACCACAUGCCUUUAAAAGAUGAACUGUAAUGAUGACCUGCUAACCUUCGCUAGCCUUCGGCACUCUGUUCCCUCGGUAGAAGUAUCAACACAGUAGUCUAAACGGUUGAAUUGGUGCUUGAAAUUCAGUUGUCAUUUUUAUACAGACUUACCACACCGAGGGAUGUCUUUUUUACGGAAGGGUGACAGUCACAGUACUGCUUCACAGGGGCCCCUGCAGAUGUCCUUCUCCUGUGAGCCUUGCAGCCCUCGGGUGGUGGCUUUGGUCUGGGCAGUGCACGGGUUGGUAGGCGUGGGGGAGGGCUUUUUUCAAGUUUUGUCAGAUAACUAUUUUUCUUAAGUAUGUUUCCUACUCAAUGACAAGUGUGCAUUUCCUAUGUUUGUUUAUACUUCGAUUACAAAAAACUGUUUAUUUUUUUUACCUUGCUACAUUGUUUCCAUACUUUUUGUUGGAGUGUGUUUAGAGAAGUCUUAAGUUUGCAGGCGUUUCCGUGAUUGUGCCAUUCCAAAGUGCAUCGGAACUGUCAUUCCCUCUGUCUUCUCAGGAGUUAACACAUAUCAGGUAGCCAUUGUUCGGAAAUAGGAGCGCUCCAGGGAACUCCAAGGACACUAGGACACUCAGGUUCCCACGCUGUAUGGAAGGGUGUGUGGGGACAAGUGGAGACCUGUGUAUCUCUAGAUACGGUGCACGCAUCAAAUGUUCACAGUGGAAGUCUCUGUCUAGGUGUAUGUCCGUGUGCUCUCUCUCCUUUGUUUACAACAGUUUUUUAAUUAAGGGAAAAAAACACCUCAAAGUAGCUCUCUUCCAAAGAAGAGGGUCUAAGCCACCUGACUUUCAGUUCGGUCUGUACCCAGUUCUGAGGGAGCACAGCUUCAGGCAUCUCGGUCCACCAGUCAGCAGUGGCGAUGAAAUCAGGUCCUUGCAAAAAGGACACAAGGAAAGUACAUUUCUUUCAGUGCCUGGAGGAUGCGGCUCUCCACAAACAGGGACUUUGGGGACAUCUGUCACCUUUGGGGUUGCCAUGUACAAUGAGAUUUAUAAUCAUGAUACUCUUGGGUGGUAGUUUCCAAAGACACUACUCAUGCGCAGAAAAGCGUGCCAGCCCCUCGUGCUGGCGACUACUGUUUCAUGUCAGAUCUGUGAUAGUGGCUGGCAGGAUGUGGGAUUAUGAAAUUGUAAUGUUGUUUUGUUUUUAGAAAAACUUGUGAAUGAAAAUGAACCCAAGUGUUUCAUGUGAAGAUGAGCCAUUUCUAUCAUGCAUUCCGGUGUCAUGGCAGAAAAUUUAAGAUUAAAAACGAAGAUAACCAAAACG